GAAUUACACCAAUGCCACUGCCACAUAAGAAUAUCAAGAGCUAACAAUACAGAUAUGGUAGCCAUCAAUUUCCAAAUGUCUGUACAUUGGCUACCAGUCAGUUACCGAAAUGAUUUUAAAGUUCCUGUAAUAACUUAUAAGGUCCCUCGUGGAUGAGGGUCAUCUUAUCUCCAAGAACUACUAACUCUAUGUUCUUUGAGAUCAGAAAAUGCAGAACUACUAAAUCAUCUUAAAUCAGAGCUUUUUGCUGUUGUGUUCCUCGUUUAUGGAACUCUAUUCUGGCUCACACAAGGCUGAUUGAAACAAGUCUAUAUUGAAAACAUCCUUUAUCUUUAAUGUUCUUUUGUAUAAUUGGUUGUAGCUGGAGUGUAUUGCACACAUGAGCUCUCGUUUUGUUUUUCACUUUGUACAGCGCUCUGGGACGCCAUGGUGUGAAGUGAGGCCGCUUUAUAGAAAUAAACGUGUGUUGUGUUGUGUUGUGUGUUUUACACCUACAUGGCUGGUUUCAAAGACCCUGAUCAGCACUAAUAACCGACUCCCUUAACUAGACACGAACUCUGGGUCUGUGAAACAAAUUGCUACUUGUAUUAUGAUGUUGAGUGUGUACUUUCCUUUUUUUAAAUGCUUUGUAUUAAAAAAUAAAACAUUCAAGGUUUUGACAAUUUGGUUUAUUGUUGUAACAUGUAAUGGCGUGUGCAUAACGUAAAGACUAAUGUAAUAAAUGAUACAGUUUCCUAUAAGCGCAUGUGCUGAUCACACUGCGUUUCACUGUGCAGUAACGCUGGCAUUGAUGCUGUUUUCAUGUCUUUGCACAGUCAGUACAAGGUGACAGCUUACCUGCCACUUCAACUUUGACCCCGUGGCGUCACGGGUCGAUUUCAAAAUGGAGGGUAAAGCCCAAACAUGGUUUUCUUUAUAACGCUUUAUAUCAGAAAAUGACGAGUUUGUACAGCGCACCGGUUCCUUGGAAGUUUAAGUGGUGUAUUUCGCGAGUUCUCAAUCCACGCGUGUUUUGUUUUGUUUACGUUGUGUUCGGACCCUUGCUCAGGCUUCUGCCCUUCCCUCCUCGCCCGUGAAGUGGAAAGUGAGCGGCCCCUGCGACACACCCCUCAGGCCCCAUGCCUGCUGCGAUGGCAGAAUCGCUGAAGCUGUACGAAGCUCAGUUCUUUGGCUUCACCCCGCAGACCUGCAUGCUGCGGGUUUACAGCAGUUUCCAGGACUGCCUGUACGAGAUCCUGCUGGCCGUGGAGACGGUUAUCAUCAAGAAGAUGGGGGAUGCGACAGCGGGCGGCUCUAACGACGGGGCAGCAGUGGCAGAGCGAGUGCGGGAGUGCACCCAGGAGUUCCUGAGCUUCCUGCAGGGUCGUGUCAGCCUCAUCUCCAGCCGCAUGGAGAUCCUCCUGCAGAGCAGCGUCCUGACGGUUCCUGAAAACGUGGUGCUGCCCGAGGAUGCGCCCCAUCACAAGUACCCCCACAGCAGCCAGCAGCUCGCCAAGCUGGAGGCCGAGAUGUCCCGACUGCAGCAGCGCUACCAGGCCCAGGUUUACGCUAAGCAGGCCCUGCUGGCAGAGCUGGAGGAGCAGCGGGAGGCGCAGGCUGAGCUGGACAGGGUGCUGCAGUGGAUCGGAGAGCUAAAAGCAGCCUGGAGGGAAAGCGGCAUGGGCAAUGUUCAGGAGAGCCUUGACUUCAUGAUCCAGACUGCGCGCCGCCUCCAGGAGACACUGAAGGAGAUCAGUUUGACAGGCAGUGGGAAAGACUAGCAGAGAUCUCCGUUGUUUGAUUCCUACAAACUUUCAGCUGGCUGUAAACUAUUUACGACAUCUCUUAAAAAAAUACAAUUCUCUUAUAAAGGACUAUAUAAUUUACAGAUGCAAAACCUUCUGCCAGCUGUAAGCAAGGGUCCCUAUUUAGGGAUUUGUUGCUGCUGCUUCAUCCUCCAGCAGACGGCAUUAAGUGUAAUUUAAAAUUAAGUGGAUGACUGCAC